AAGGGAGAAGCCAGCAACAGCAACCCAUCAGUAGCAGCAGCAGUAGCGCCAGGAGCGACUGUCCUGUGCGCCCUUGCCGUGCCGUAGAAGCGAAUUCGUUCGUUCGUUCGUAUUUGGGGCACCUUGGUGGUAUCCCUGUGCUGAAAGUGAAUCUUAAAGCGAACCAUCGAGCGUAAAAGAGAGAGAGAGCGUGCGCAACAUUUGCCGGAUUACCGGAAAAGGAAGCUGUUGCUGUUCCGGUGCACGGUGCGGUCUUGGUUGUGCUUAAAGCAAAAGCCACAUUCUUUCUUUUUGACAGGACGCACACUCACAUAGACGAAACACGCCAAAUGAAGACAGGAUUUAAGAACCUGCAGCUGCUGUCGGUGCUCGUCGGUGAUGUGGCGUUGGUUCGCCAUUUGAUGACAUUUGGUCUGGCUUGAAUCCGUCGCGGGGAACUGAGCCUGAACUGAGUUCGAUACGAGUUGAAGUAAUCAACUCGCGCGUCGCAACAGCAGCAACACGUAGCCAACCAUGAUCGACGAUCAUUUCGCUCCGAAGUGGAACUGUCGCGCAAUAAGUGGCGACUAAUUGUUGUCGUUUGUCCGUUCCGUUGUCCUGUGCCCGAAAAGGAUAGCCGUACCGUGCGGGAACCAGGGUACAAAAAAGCCGGAGUGCCAGUUCGUGUGCGUGCGAGUGUGUUGUGCUCGUUCUCGUCUCCCCGCCUGUGAAGACGAACAGCGGUGUUGGCGGGGUAAGUUCGUGGCAGGAAGUGAAGCACUCCGCAACAACAACAACAACAGCAACAGCAGUAGGCGGUGACAACGGCAACGCAAUCUGUGGAUCCAGUGCGAGCAGACAGCGAGUAUCGAGUGGCCGCUUUCUAGUGGAGCUUUGCUGCUGCUAGUCUGAAGAAAGCUGUUUGUGUUGUGAGCCUACCCCCCAGCCCCCUCUCAGCCGUGUGUGUUUGGAUAAGGCGUGCGUGCUUGUGUGUUUGUAUGUGUGCGAGUGUAUGUGAGAAAGCAAAAUAAACAUGAAACUUCUAAGUCGUCCCCCGGUACCGCUCUGUCAUCUGCUGCUGCUGGCGAUCAACGUGCUGACCGUUUGCUGGGGCACCGAGGCGGCCACCAUCGUCGCACCAUCGGCGUCAGAUGGACCCAAGUCGGAGCCGAGCGGAGCAAAGAACGAAACGAGUCCCCAGGAACAGGAGACUCCGGAAGGACAGCAGCUGCAGCAGCAACAGCAGCAGACAUCGAAGCAUCAUCGCCAUCGGCGAGAGAAUGGCGGUUUCGCUGGCAUCGGUGACGUGGAUGGGAUCGUCGGUGCGGGAGGAGCAGGUGGAGGGGAUGGUGAAAACUUCAUCGCCCUCGCACCGGAUGAGGCAGAUAUUUAUAACUUUCCAAACAUGAUGAGCAUGACGAUGGCCAACGAACGACCCUCCUCCGUGGGUGGUGGUGGUGGUGGUGGUGUUGGUAUGCGCGAUCGCAAUGUAAAUGAAGCGAAUCCGUUUAAUGAAUUUCAUCCGUCGCGACGCGAUCCACCAUCAUCAGUGAAGGAGGUGGACGAGCAGCUACCCCGGCCAAGGAUGGCCGGAGAGAAGGAGCUCCCAGAACUGACGCUCGAUGACGGUGAUGACGGUGAUGACGGUGAUGAUGAUGAUGAUGAUGACGGUCGUGGUGGUGAUGCUGCUGACGUUGGUGAGGAAGACCGCAUUCCGGAAGGACCAGGAAGGCGUGACCGAACCGGACCGAGGCGGCGAACCUCCAGCUUCCGUGACCAGACCGACAACGAAGACCAGGAUGGUGGCAAUGGUGGUGAGGUGCAAGAAGAGGACGAACAAGAGGAUGAUAAUGCGAUCGAGAGGAGUCGAUUCCUGCGGCCGCGACCUACUGGCCACGAUGAGGACGAUGGUACGACGGUGGCCAGCUCGCGAACCGAAUCCGAUGCGGCACUCCUGAGCAAGGGCCUCGAUCUGCUGAACUCGCUGGACGGUGCCUACCUUCUGGCGAACGCUCGGAUCGGUGCGGAUCGUAAUAAGGUGGCCUCGGCAGCGGUAGUGGAUGAUGAAGAUGCUGACAUUUCGACGCACAAACCGAUUGCACCGGACACGGAACAAGGUGGUGGAAACACUGGCGAUGGUGGCAACGACAACGGUGGCGACGAAAAUGCAAUCUUCGAGCAGAUGGAGAAGAAGGCCAAGUCGUACCGGUUGAAGCUGUACAAGAAGCACAAGAACUUUAAGCACACGCAUCACCACCGGGGUGGCCUGUACCAUCAGCCGUACCACACCUUCCACCACGAUUACUACCGGCGCAAGAUGCUGGAACGGGAGCGGGAGCGUUGGAAGAAGAUGCAGGACGCUAAGCCGGACUAUCAGGGUCAGAUCAGUUACUACGAAAAUUCAAACAAACUGGCGACGAACGAGGACAUCUUGGCACAUCUGAAUGGUGGGCACGGUGGAGGGGGAGGUGGUGGAAGUGGCAGCAGUAGCAGCCAGGAGAAGUGGCCCAACUUUGACCGGGUAAUGAGCUCGCUGAAGACGGAACCGAAACCGGACAAUGUGCCACCGUACAUCAAGAAGUACAAUCGCCGGAACAAGCAGCUGAUCGAUCUGCUCGAGGGAACGAUCGCCCCGCUGUCCGACUACAGUGUGCACAAGCACCGGGAGCGAAAGUAUCAUCGUAGGAAAAAUCCACACUGGAUGGAGGAGGAUCUGUUCGAGGAGCAGCGACCGAGCCAGUCGAAGGGGCAGGGUAUGCAGCGGAACUACAUCCAGGAGACGAUCCAAUCGUCAACCAUCCACUCGAACGCACUGCCCGGCGAGGGUAUUCACAUCAUCUACGACAAGAAGCACGGCGGCGGCGGCGGCGGCAGUGGUGGAGGUGAUCAUGACGAUCUCGAUGACGACGGAACGCACCUGAUGUACGGACGGCCAACGAUUUCCAGUGGUCACGGUGGUGGUCACGAUGGCGGUGGUGGGCAUCCCAAUUACAAGUUGUCGUCACGCGCCGGACAGUUCGUGUAUCAUCGUGUCGCUUCACCACAACCACUUGGUGGAGGAGGUGGUGGUGGAGGGUAUGGGCGGUUGAAGCGCCAGCGGCUCCCAUUCGUCGCCAUCACCGAUCGGCGUCUCAGUGCGCCGCCCAAACGUCGUCCUGUGUCCUCGUCCUCUGCCAACAACUCUGGUGGCCCGAACAAUCCGCUCCUGAAUCACCAGCCAUUGCCUUAAACCUUAAAGUCCGAGCCCCCUUCCUGAAUGUCCUUUUCCUCCAACUUGCUCUUUUCUUCUUUCUCCAAUGUUCUGAUAACUUGCUUCAGACAUUGGGAUCCUUCCCGACUACCGGAACAUCUCCUAAGGAUCCCCUUAAGUGACUCCCCACGGAUUCCAUUCCCUCGCUUUCACUCUCCCCCUUUCUGUUUCUGUCUGGCAGCGGCUCCUUCAAUCAUCAUUAUCCUUCUCCUCGGCUGAGAGGCUGAGAGAGAUCCGAGUGUGCGAAGCGCAACUGUCACUCCAUCGACGACGACGACGACGACGACGCCACCACCGCGAUAAAUCCCCGAGAAUUGAUUGAUCGGCAGCACAGUUCGGUUGACAUGAUGGAGCUUUUGACGCAGCAAAAAACACGCGCCGCGAGAAAUCUCGGAAUGUCUAAAGUUGACAGUUGGCUACAGAGAUGAAGUGGACGAGGUAGCGGAAGAUGCAAAAAACAAAUGGCGCCAAGAAGGCAAAACAACAAGAAAAAAAAAUAAGAGAAAAAAUUGGGAAGACGAUGACGAACGACAAUAUAUAUUUACUGAUAGAGAUGAUGAAGGAGGAAGAGGAGGUGAAAGAUGGUGAUGCAAGAGCGAUUGAUGUGAUCAAUGGCAUAGCGGCCAUUGGUGGAUAUAUGAUUGAUACGGUGGUGCGUAGCAGUGUACUGGGGGCAGAGAGCGAGAUAAGAGUGCAGAUGAGCGAAAGGUAUAUAGGUAUAUAUACAUAUUAUAAUAUAGAGCGACACUGGAGCACGUCACAAAAGUCCCAGACGAAGAAUGGGACGCUGUCAGACAUCGCGUACUUUCACGAAAACCGUGCCGCGAUUCAAAAAGCUAAUAGCUGCCCUUCCGGGGUGUUUGACAUCGAUUUAUCAAACUUCUCUCUGUUUGCCGUUUGCUCUGUGAGCACUGUGUGUCUAUGCGAAGGACCUCGCUUAAAAAAAAUGGACCCAACAACACACGUGCGCCUGACACUUUUGCCUGACAUAUCAACCAAGAAUUCAACCAAGAUAAUCGUACAACUCGGAGGGCGCACAACACACACGUAGGCACGGUCACAGUCACCCACCACCAACCGAGUGAUCACCGUCGCCGUCGCAGGGUAGCGUUUGCAGAGGAGAUCUCGCCGACCCCGAAAAAUCCGCCACAAGUCCAAACAACAAGACAGACGAGGGGUGGUGCGGCUCGUUGUGCUUGAAUUUCCGUGUGUGCCCCACACAAUGAUGUCAUCGUAUUGCGUAACUCCCUUCGGAAAGCACAAACGGAAGAGCCGGAUAGGGCAACAAUGGUGGGCAACAAACAAAAUCAUGACAAUAAUAGACGUUUUAAUGGAAAGAAGAUUUUUAACCAGGAACGGCAUGAGAAGAAAAUGGAGGAAGGAAUAAGGAAAGAGGGGAGAAUAAAACGAAGGUGUAUGUGCUACACCACAAACAUCUUGGUGGUGAGGGAGCGAAUGUAACGAAAUAGCCAGUUCCUUUCACCGCGACCCAAUUGUUUCCAUAUUGCAAUAUUGUUUCGCCGUAUUGGUCUCAAUAGGUCGCUGGUCAGCUCCGGGUUUUGUUAAAGUAUUUGGUAAAAGUUUGUGCUCACAAUCGAUCCUCCAUCUCGAUAUCUAAAGCGAUUGCUCUCGCGGCAUGCCGGCAGUGUUCCGGGCGGACGGUUUUCUAUGUGAACGCAUAAGCAAUAGAAAAUGACAAUAUCUUUUACGUGGUGUGCGUUUGUGUGAGUCUGACGGGAGAUUGCGCACCAACGGGAGAAACAAUACCGAG